AUGGCUCGCACUAGCUGGAUCUCCCUCCCCUCCACAGCACCGAGGGCCCUGUUCCCAGCCCAGCAGCGUCCCUCCAAUGCCCAGGCGCACCGGCAGAGGGAUGCGAAGAGCUUCUUGGCCGAUGCUGGUUUAUUCCACCUCUGGAUUGCUACACAUCUGCCCGCAUCGGUCUGCGUGAGCGAGCGCAAGGCAGCGUGUGCGGCUGCGGCGCCUGGCCUUCCGAGGCAGAUGGGAUGCGCCUUAUCCAGCCCGGGGGAUGCAGCGGAUCCAACUAUCUCCGAAGAAAGGAGGGGCCCAGCGCCAGGUCUGGAUGAGGAAGGGAAGGACGCAAGCCACAGGGAGGUGGCUGAGGCGCUCCCGCUCUCGGAGGCCCAGAAAGAGUUGAUUCGGGAGUCCUGGAAGAUCCUACAUAAGAACAUUACCAGAGUGGGCAUCAUUGUCUUUAUUAGGCUCUUUGAGACCCACCCUGAGUGUAAAGAUGUCUUUUUCCUGUUCCGUGAUGUGGAUGACCUGCAACAGCUGAAGAUGAGUAAAGAGCUGCGGGCUCAUGGCCUCAGAGUGAUGUCGUUCAUUGAGAAGAGCGUGGCCCGGCUGGACCAAGAAGACAAGCUGGAACUUCUGGCCCUUGAGCUGGGCAAGAGCCACUUCCAGUAUAAGGCUCCCCCCAACUACUAUGAGUACAUUGGCAUUCAGUUCAUCCAGGCUGUUCAGCCAAUUCUCAAAGAAGCUUGGACUCCGGAAGUUGAGAAGGCCUGGAAGGGGCUCUUCAAAUACCUGGUUGCUGUGAUGCGCAGGGGGUUCUUUGACGAAGGGAAGAGGCCGGGGGCCAGCCCUUCUCCUUCCCCACAGACGGCUGCUGUCGAAGCCACUCCAGACGAAGUCUGACAAAGAUGUCGCCCCUGGGAGCGGUGCGUUGAAGG